AUGAAUAACAAUAUAUCGACAACAACUAUCGAUCCAGCUGCAGCUAGACUAAAUGCUGCUCGUAUUGGGAUACAACACAUUGGUCAACCAAUUCUUCUUACACUUGGUAUGAUUGGAUGCAUAUUAAAUAUUGCAAUUUUUCGUCGUUCUUCAAUGCGCAUAAAUUCAUGUGCUAUUUAUUUUCAUGCAAGUUCAUGGGCUAAUUUAUUUUGUUUAACAUGGGGACUGUUUAUUAGUAUGCUUGCUUCUUUUACUAACAAUAAUCCACUAACAUAUAAUUCGGCAUAUUGUAAAAUUCGUUAUUAUAUACUUACUGGUUCUCAAUUGUCAAGUAGAGCAUGUGUUGUCCUAGCAUGUCUAGAUCGUUUUUUACUGUGCUCACAAUCAGUUCGACAACGAUUAUUUUGUCGAGCAAGUGUAGCAAUUAAAGUUAUAUCGAUAACUAUUUUCAGUUGUGCUUGUUUAUCAAUCUAUGUAUUGAUAGUUUAUGAUUCGUUUCCUCAACAACGUCUAUGUGUUCCUAGUUCGGCAGCAGGAAGAAUAAUUGAUACUACAGUCUUAUUCUUAUUCAAUUUUGGAACUCCAGCUUUGUUAAUGAGUACAUUAAGCGGCAUGAUUAUAUGGCGAUUGAAGCAAAAUGCAAAACGGAUUGGCCAUCAAAGAGUUCACGUACGCAAAAGAGACCUUCAACUCUCAGCUAUGCUUAUAGGACAGGUGGCUUUGUACAUUACAACGGCACUUCCAUUUGUUAGCAAUUUUGUCUAUACGGCAGUAACACAAUAUGUUCCAUCAUCAAGUAAAUCGGCAUAUCGUAUUGCAGCAGAAACUUUAGCUUUAACAGCAACGGGAAGUUUUGGUACCUUUAUAUUCAAUGCGUUAACGUUUUAUGUUUACACAUUGGCAGCACCAAGUUUCCGUCGUGAACUAUUUGCAUUGAUCGUUUCGAGACGAUGGAUGAAUUACUUUCAACCAACAGAACAACUUCAACUGUCCCUAAAUAAUCGAAUCAAUCCAUCACGUCGAGAUGGUAAAUCGAUCAAUUCUCAAGUUUAA